AAUUGUUUUUUUUUUUUUUUUCCAAAAUGGAUUUGGUACCUAAGGUGACAAGUUUCCUCACUUUGGUUUUCACUGCUUUAUUCUCUUUGGAGCCUGUUGUCUGUAUUAGACACUGGCAAUUGUCUGGCCAGCCACUGGUAGACGAGCAUCUUGUAACUAAUUUGCCAGGCCAGCCAGAUGUGAACUUCAAGCACUAUGCUGGCUACCUUACAGUCAAUGAACAGAAUGGAAGGGCAUUGUUUUACUGGUUCUAUGAGGCCACAACUCAUCCUGAUGAAAAAGCUCUAGUCCUGUGGCUUAAUGGAGGUCCUGGGUGCUCUUCUGUAGGAUAUGGAGCAACACAAGAGAUUGGCCCUUUCAUAGUGGACACUAAUGGACAUGGACUUAAAUAUAAUCCUUACUCUUGGAAUACAGAGGCCAAUAUGUUAUUCUUAGAAUCUCCAGUUGGAGUUGGGUUUUCAUAUUCAAACACUACAAGUGAUUAUAAUAUUCUGGGAGACGAAUUUACUGCAAAUGAUGCCUAUGCUUUCCUGCACAAGUGGUUUCUCCUGUUUCCAUCAUAUAGAUCGCGGGCGUUUUAUAUUGCAGGAGAGAGCUAUGCAGGAAAAUAUGUUCCUGAGCUUGCUGAGCUUAUAAAUGACAAGAAUAAUGAUACUUCCCUUUACAUCGACCUCAAUGGUAUUCUGUUGGGUAAUCCUGAAACAAGUGACGCUGAUGACUGGAGAGGUAUGGUGGACUAUGCUUGGAGCCAUGCUGUCAUAUCAGAUGAAACUCAUAAGAUAAUCAGACAAAGCUGCAACUUUGACAGUAAUGACACAUGGAGUAACGAUGAUUGUGCUGAGGCUGUUGAUGAAUUACUCAAACAAUACAAGGAGAUAGAUAUUUACAGCCUCUACACCUCAGUCUGCAUAGGUGAUUCAGCAAGUUCAGAUGAUAAAUUUACACAGAUCAUGUUUAGGCGCUCAUCCAAGAUGAUGCCAAGGAUUAUGGGUGGUUAUGAUCCAUGCCUUGAUGAAUAUGCAAAAGCUUUCUACAACAGACCAGAUGUUCAAAAGGCUCUCCAUGUCAGUGAUGGUCACCAUCUCAAGAACUGGAGUAUCUGCAACGCUAAGAUAUUUGUUGAAUGGUUGGAAUCGAGGCCAUCAGUUCUUCCUAUAUACAAGAAGCUGAUUACAGCAGGACUCAGAAUAUGGGUUUACAGUGGUGAUACAGAUGGAAGAGUUCCUGUACUAUCUACAAGAUACAGCUUAAGUUCUCUGGGCCUUCCAAUCACUAAGGCAUGGAGACCCUGGUACCACCAGAAGGAGGUCAGUGGGUGGUUCCAAGAAUACGAGGGGCUAACAUUUGCAACAUUUAGAGGAGCUGGACAUGCUGUGCCAGUCUUCAAACCAAGCAACUCACUUGCAUUUUUCUCAGCCUUUCUUCUAGGAGAAUCCCUGCCUUCUGUGAGAUAAAUCAGCAGUGUUAAGAACCAUAUUAGAGUGUUAAUAUACAUAUAAAUAAGAGAGCAAGAUGCCUGUCAGCAAGUGUUUUGGGAAAACUAGACAUAGAACAUAAUCUGACUCUUUGCUCUUUGGUUCCAUUUUGUUGAUGGUGGAGCCGUGGAUUGAGGAGAUCAAUUUUGAGUAUGUUUUCUCUUUGUGAAAACAAUAAACUCCUCGUACACAACACUUCAAA